AGGGCACAGGAAUGCUAUGUGCUUAUUCGUGCUUGUCUGCGGGUGGGGUGUGUUAGUCAAGGGCCUUGAAUCACAAGUCCGACUGUAACUGCACAUAGUGUGUGCCUGUAGCUAAGCGCGUGCAGUCUCGCGGCGGGGGGAAAAGGCGAGUGAUUUCCUCUAUUAGUUUGUGUGACAACAGUAUACAAAACGCGUUCAAGCUGGCUGGGACUAUUUGAAUGCUUGAUAAACCAUCACUGGUCCAUACUUUGCACCUUUUAUACACUGAGCAUGUGGACAAGGGUCUGUGUUAUCAGUAGCAUGAGAAGACAGGACAGCAAACACUGAGCUUGUGACACAAAAGUAUAUGUAGCUGAUUUGACAUUUAAGAUAAUGCUGUUGUAACAAACUGAAAAUUGGUGCUGAACAUGGAAACUUAAAUUUUUCAGCUGCUGCGGAGAGGUCCCAGAAUGAUGAGGCUCAUGCCUAGCAACUAGCCCCGGCUGUGUUGGCAAUAUGGGAACGUGUCUGAUGAAGGUCUACAGGCAGGAUCCAGUGAGUCUAUGAAUACACCUGUCUCAGUCACUUCUACUAAAUAUCUGUCAAGGAACCUUGUGAUUCUAUAGCACUAUGUUGUGCUCCAAUUGCUUCCUAAAGGGAACUUGUCUGAUGAAGGUCUGCAGGCAGGAUCCAAUGAGGCCAUGAAUAUACCUGUCUCAGUCACUUCUGCUAAAUAUCUGCCAAGGAACCUUAUGAUUCUAUAGCACCAUGUUCCAGACUGUUUCAGGGCAUUAUCAGAGGUGUGCUCCAAUUACUUCCUAAAGGAAGAAAACGUGCCACUGCUAAGCAAACAAAACAUGUUAAUACAUCAUUUACCCAGUGUACUUUUCCUUCAGAUUCUUUUAGUUCUGGGGAACUGGGUAUGUGCUAGGAAUAUCAACUUUUACAAUGUGCGUCUCCCACUCGAUCCAACUCCAUUUCCAAACAGCUUUAAGUGCUUUACAUGUGAAAAUGCUUUGAACAAUUAUGAAUGUAACAGAUGGGCUGAAGACAAGUGGUGUCCACAAAACACAGAGUUCUGCCUGACUAUUCACCACCUAACCAGCCACGACAGAAGCAAGUCUGUAACCAAACGGUGUGCUACUCGGGAAGAAUGUCGAUUUGUCGGGUGUCAGCAUCGGAGAGAAUUUGGACAUAUGGAGUGCAUUUCUUGUUGUGAAGGGAUGAUCUGCAAUGUUGAGGUGCCAACAAACCACACAAAUGCAGUGUUUGCUGUAAUGAAAUCUCACAGGCCAUCCAGUGGCCACAAGAGGACAUUUAGUUAUCUUCUGCUUUUCCUGUCUGUGCUAAGUAACUUAAUAUAAAUGCGUGCUGUGUCCCAUGUUAUCUCAAGAAUUAUUUGUUCAUGAACAAAAGGCUUUGAAAGUCUUGCAUUUCCAAACAAAGUUCAGCCAUACUCCCAACCUCAGCUGCACCAAUCCAGAAGGCCAGUCUUACGUGAGCAAAUUACACAAAGCUGUCAGCCGAUGGACUUGUAAGAGUAUCUAGAGAAUUGUCUUCAAUAAUGCAAAUUGUUUGGAUGGACUUUUAGGGGUAUAUUAAGAAUCAUCUUUAAUAACAGCAGAAUGCUCUGACAGUGUCAAAUGUACUGAAUGUCAGAUGCACUGAACUGAUUGCGGACAAUCUGACAAACAGGCAGUGUCAGUUCAUAAAGACAUUGAAGUGGAAGUGCUUUCUGGUGUUGAAUAAAUGUUGCCUUAAACAUUACUCUCAAUGAAGAAAGAUUCCUGGUCUCUACUGACUUGCACUCCAACAUUACUGAAAUUACAUUUCAAAUUUUGAUUCAGUGUGUUAAAUGCAGCAACAGUCUGAAGUGAGAAAAGUUAAAAGAUGACAUAUGAAUGUUAAAGUAUUUUUAUAAGAAGCAAAGCUUUAAAUGGCUAUAUCAAAUUUAAUUUAAUAUUUUAUGUUGAAAUUCUAGCUGUAUUUCAUAGGUUACCUGAAUUGAGUUUUAUGUUUUGUGGGUCUUUUUGUACUUUGAUAUCACAAAGCUGUGUUGUAUGUAGCUGUGCUGCAGUUCUGUACUAUGUAUUUUCAACUAGUACAGAAAAAAAGGACCAUGAUUUUUUUUUUCCCCUGAAGACGUGGUAAGCAAUGCGGCAUCAGUGAAUUUAGAUUGUUAUCUGUAGCACUUUGGAACUGAAGCAGAAACUGUUUGAAAGUGUUAUAAUGUUUGCAUUAUAAAAGUAUAGCUGUGUUAUGCUCAUGUGAACAACUUGUUCUGAUGCUUGUGGUGUUGUGUAGGGAUAUGUUCAGUUAUCAUCAACAUGUUUAGAUGCUGUUGACAUAUAAUUAUGUUUAAGCACUGU